AUGCCAGCAAAUGGGAUAUUAAAAACACAAAUUUGUGAAAAGAAAAGGAAAAGAAUGAUUUCAAUUAGGGAAUCUGCAAGGCGAUCUAGGAUGAAAAAACAAAAGCUUGUGCAAGAAUUGACAAAGGAAGUCAGCAAAUUACAAGCUGCCAACAGAACCAUUGUGGCUAAAAUUGAAGAGACUACAAAGAGGUUGACAUUUUGCACUGCUCAGAAUAAUGUGUUGAGGGCACAGGAAAUAGAGUUAACAGAUAGGUUAAAAUCUCUGAACGAUUUGAUUAAUCAUAGUGCUUUGGAACAAAUGCAUGGUUAUGUCAAGUUUAUGAAAGAUAUUCUCUCGAUGAACUUUGAAAUGAUCGAGGUCACUCAUCAAGUGAGUGCAGAUGUUCAUUCCAUGGCUCCUAAGUUGGAGGAUCCCGGUGCUUUCACAAUUCCUUGUACUAUUGGAAGCGCCAAUUUUGCUAAAGCUCUUUGUGAUCUUGGGCAAGUAUAA